AUGAUUAAUGAACGUUUUAAUGAUCAAGCUAUACGGGAACAUAAUCGACUUCGUUCUCUACAUGGAUGUCCAGAACUUCAAUUGGAUGAGGACUUAAUGAUUUCAGCACAAAAAUGGGCUGAAAAUUUAGCCGCUGCCGAAAAAUUAUAUCAUAGUAAUUAUAAUGAUUAUGGGGAAAAUUUGGCAUUCAAAAUGUCUGCACCACCAUGUCAAAUAACAGGUGAAGAAGUUUCACAGACAUGGUAUAGUGAAAUUGAUUAUCAUGACUUUACUCAAUCUUAUCAUCCAAAUUCACGUCAUUUUACUCAGAUGAUUUGGAAAUCCACAACACGAGCUGGAUUUGGAUUGGCUUUUAGUCAAGAUCAAACGAAAGCAUAUGUUGUUGGACGUUAUUUGCCUGUAGGUAACAAAGGAGAUUUCGGAUGGAAUGUACCACAUUAUCAAGGAAUUAAAAGAUCUGAAAGUAUGUAUUCAUUGGAUCGUAAUUCAAUUAGAUCAAGUCAUAGACGAUCAUUUAGAGAAAGUUUAGGAUUAUCAGAAAGAUGCAAAUGUUAUUGGGAUCAUACACCAUAUGCACCUGAAGGACAUACUUUAAUAAACGAAGAUGAACGUUCUAGAACUGGUUCAAUACGUAGUGGAGAUUUUCAACGUUCCAGACCUACUUCAUUUUCAAAUAAUGAUGAUAUACAUUAUAAAUCUGUAUAUACAAAAAGUUCAGAAGAUUUACGACCUAAAACUAUUAAUGUCACUACUACUAGUUUACCGAAUACAGAUGAUGCACAUAAUUCAUUAUGUAGUCCAACAGUGAUCAAUUUAAAUUUUAUGAAUUCAGAUGAACGUCCAAGUAAGUUAGUUACAAAUACAAAACCAUCAGAUGACUUUUCUGGAUCUAGUCGUAUGUCUAUUAGAACAUCAGUAAGACGCCCAACAAGAAGUUCAACACCAGUGUGUAAUGGACACUCAUAUGAAAGAGAGAGUAGUAUUUCUUCAAAUGGAAGAGCUAACUAUCUAAAAGAUGAUCAAUAUGGAAGAGCUAGUUAUAUGAGAAAUGAUCAAUCUGGAAGAUCUAGUUAUAUGAAAGAUGAUCAAUAUGGAAAUGCAAAUGAUGAUAAUAACAGUACAUUAAGGGGCUCGAGUGUUUCUGGCAAAGGGAUACAAUAUUGUUCAUUACUAUUGACGUUUAAAAACAACGGUAGAUAUAUUAUAUACCUUGAUGUUACGUGAAUGUAAUGAUGAGCACAGAAACAGUUUCUAGUAUGAAUCCCGUUUUAUACCUAAAUUGUCAAAACUUAUCUCAUUUCUAUAUCGUAUCAUAAGUUUCCAUAUGAAGUAAAGUUAUUAUAACGAGUCAUUAGUUAGCACAUUUACUUAUCUGUAUUCAAUCUGGUAAGUUAUACUAUUGCUGAUUUAGUUGAAAGUAUUACUCUCAUGAUAAACUUAUUUGUCACCUUUAAAAGAAUAAUAAUAACAAUAAUGGUGAUCAUGAUGACGUUGGUGAGUUACGUCAUCAUCAUCAUCUGACAUUUGUCAUUUACAGUAAAGAAAUAACAGAACAGUGUUAUAAAAUAGUUAUCAUUCUAAGAUAAUUUGAACACCAGAAUAAUUUUCAUCUUUCUACAGAUAUAGUACCGCUUUAUUCACCUG